AUUUUGGUCUUUAGAAGAUUUAUUUAGACGUUAGACAAUAUUACCGGUUUGAUUUUCUUAUUAGCUAGAUUAUUAUUUCAGUUACGGUUUAUUCUCGGUUGUGAAAAGUGAAGUUGAAUUUUAGUUAUUUCUUUCCGGUUCGGUUUGGUAUUUGGAUUGAGGUUUCCGGUUACAUUGACUUUAGACCAACAAUAUCAAGUCGUCGUCGUCGUCGUCCUCAGAGAAAAGACGAAGAAAAAAGCAAAUGUCGUGUGUUGAUUUUCACUCACGGCCCGGGUCGUCCGAGAAGACUCUUCUUCUUCUGAUUUGCCCUUCAAAAGAUCCAAACUUUCACACGUUUUCCUUUUCCCUCUUUUUAAACUCCACAUACAAAGAAGUCUCAACACGCCAAAAUCUCCUCCUCCUUCUUUUUUACGCCUUUCUCUUCCCGCGUUAUAGCUCUCUGUUUUCAUCUAAGAUUAGUUCAAUUCAUAAUCUUUGAGUUUUAAUUUUUGUUGGAAGGAAGAGAGAAAUGUCGGUAGAGACAACAUUCUUCGGUGAUGACAGCAACAGAGGAGUGAGUAUCAACGGUGGUCGUUAUGUUCAGUAUAAUGUCUAUGGAAACCUCUUCGAAGUUUCUCAAAAAUAUGUUCCUCCUCUUCGUCCUAUCGGCAGAGGCGCUUCUGGCAUCGUCUGUGCUGCAUGGAAUUCGGAGACGGGUGAGGAAGUAGCGAUCAAGAAGAUUGGUAAUGCUUUUGGCAACAUUAUCGACGCUAAGAGAACUUUGAGAGAGAUUAAGCUUCUUAAGCAUAUGGAUCAUGACAAUGUCAUUGCCAUUAAAGACAUAAUAAGACCACCGCAGCCAGACAACUUCAAUGAUGUUCACAUUGUCUAUGAGUUAAUGGACACUGAUCUUCACCACAUUAUACGCUCUAACCAACCAUUAACUGAUGAUCAUUCACGGUUCUUCCUGUAUCAGUUGUUGAGAGGACUCAAGUAUGUGCAUUCAGCUAAUGUAUUGCAUCGUGAUUUAAAACCAAGUAACUUGCUCCUGAAUGCAAAUUGUGACCUCAAGAUUGGGGAUUUUGGGCUUGCAAGGACUAAAUCAGAGACAGACUUCAUGACAGAAUAUGUCGUUACACGUUGGUACCGAGCUCCAGAGUUACUCCUUAAUUGCUCAGAAUACACUGCAGCUAUCGAUAUUUGGUCUGUCGGUUGUAUACUCGGUGAAAUAAUGACCAGAGAGCCGUUAUUUCCGGGCAGAGAUUAUGUUCAGCAGCUUAGACUCAUCACUGAGCUUAUAGGCUCACCAGAUGAUUCAAGCCUAGGAUUCUUAAGAAGCGACAACGCUAGAAGAUACGUAAGACAGCUUCCACAGUAUCCAAGACAAAACUUUGCCGCUAGAUUCCCAAACAUGUCGGUUAAUGCAGUUGAUUUGCUGCAGAAAAUGCUCGUCUUUGACCCAAACAGACGCAUUACAGUCGAUGAAGCUUUGUCCCACCCUUACUUAGCACCGCUACACGAAAAUAACGAGGAACCUGUGUGUGUGAGUCCGUUCCGUUUUGAUUUCGAGCAACCUUCAUUGACGGAAGAGAACAUCAAGGAGCUUAUAUACCGUGAAUCAGUCAAGUUUAACCCUCAAGAUUCUUAGUGUGUGAGACUUUAAGAGAAUCUUGAAAAGAAACUCAAAAGAAGCUUUACCUUCUCUGUUUGUUCAUUGAAUUUCUGAUAUAGUGAAGUCUGUAAUAUAAAAACAAAAGAGUCUGUAAUAUGAAACAAAUAAAGUUUUUACCUCGACCUUGUUUUGCAGACA